UGGAGGUGGAGGCUGCGGCCAGCUCACCCCCCCGCCCCGCCGCUCCCCUCCUCAGAGUCCGGCGGGCGCUCCGCGGCUCACCCGAGUCCGCCUUCCCCGACAGAGCCGCGCCGCGGCCCGGGCACCGGCGCCCGCACCGCGGGGGGCUGCCCCCCCCUGCUGACGGAGCCGAGCCGGGGCCCGCCGCUGCCGCCGGCCCCCGCGGCGGGGGCUCCGGCCUCCGGCGGGAGGAAGAGGCUGCGCUGACGGCGGGCCGAGGGAGUUUCCACAAUGGAGAAGAGGGAAGGUGAUAAUCACACCAUUGAUCAGAAUGCAGGUCAGAGCAUCUUGCCCAGAAGAAAUACAGGAAACCUUAGCAACUUGAAUGUGGAUGUCCAAGUCACCAAUCCACCAGAAGCAGCUGCACUUUUUAAUUUACAUCAAGCACACCAUUUUGGUGAGUUUGAAGACUCUUCAGAACAACACUGCAAGCAGGACCUGUUCCCCAAGUGGCACCUGCCAAUGAAGAUAGCAUCUGUGAUCUCAUUAUUAACAUUUAUAUACACUUCUAUGAGAGAUGUCAUAUAUCCUUUUAUAAUCAGAAAGGAAAAUGUUUUCUAUAAAAUUCCAAUCCUUGUCAUAAACAAAGUUUUACCAGUGGUUUCAAUUACCCUUUUAGCACUAGUAUAUUUACCAGGAAUAUUAGCUGCUAGUUUCCAGCUGUACUUUGGCACCAAGUAUAAAAGGUUUCCCCAGUGGUUGGAUAGAUGGAUGUUAUCAAGAAAGCAAUUUGGACUUCUCAGUUUCUUCUUUGCUGCAAUGCACGCCUGCUACAGCUUAUGCUACCCAAUGAGAAGAUCAUACAGAUACAAGCUGCUGAACUGGGCAUUCCAGCAGGUCAAACAAAAAAAAGAAAACGCCUGGAUUGAACAUGAUGUUUGGAGAAUGGAGAUUUAUGUGUGUCUAGGAAUUCUGGGACUUGCUUUGCUGGCCUUGUUGGCAAUAACAUCAAUCCCAUCUGUCAGUCACUCUUUGACCUGGAGAGAGUUCCACUACAUUCAGAGCAAGAUGGGAUAUUUAGCUCUGCUGCUGUGCACUGUUCAUGCACUGGUGUUUGCUUGGAAUAAGUGGGUCGAUGUUAACCAGUUUAUCUGGUAUACACCACCUUCAUUUAUGGUAGCAGUUUUUCUUCCUAUUGUUGUUCUGUUUUGUAAAUGCAUACUGCUCCUCCCAUGUUUUAGGAAGAGGAUAAAAAGGAUCAGAUGUGGUUGGGAAGCUAACACACAAACCAAUCAAACCAGCAUGACUUCCAGACUGUAGAUCAAAUAUGGACAUUUCCUGUCUAUGUAUGUAAAUAUGCUCAAGGCCAUGAAAUGUUCACUUGCGAGCUCUGUUUUCAUAUUUUUCAUAGAUGUGUCUUUUUCACUUUUCAUUUUGACUUCAGGAGUAUGGGAUAUAUGAUGCAAUUUGGACCUUUUCUAAGACAGAAGGUGGAAACAUUCAUUUUACACUUUAAUCUAUGCAGUGUUCUGGUAUUUGAUCAUUUCUUUCUUCUGACUCACUGCUUUUAAAAUCCAAGGGCUUCAUUGCCUCAAUUGUAAUUCUUUUGUAGGCAAAAGCAAUCAUAAAUCAUUGCUCCAGAUGACCACAGAAAAUAAAUAAAUGAUUACACCACAGAACCCAGGAAUGCUUUCUGCUUCCCACAGCCAUGUUUGUUCCUUUGUUAAAUCUCAGUAUUAUAAUGGGACAACAACUAAAGUAUUUAUCAUCCCAUUCCCCCUUAUCGCCUGCAUCCUAUGUUUCACUCUGCAGAAUGGGGACCUUGGCACAUGAGCCAGACAGAAACUGUAUUCCCACCAGGUCUUGAACUUAGACAAUUGAGCAAGCAGAAUUGCAGGGAACUUUACAAGGUAAAUCUCUCCUGAGGCUUGGGCACAGUCUAAAAAAAGAGUUUUUAGACUCAGAUCUCCAUUUUAUACAGGACUAGGUGUGUCUCUGUUUACUUAAAACGAUAAAACAUUUCCCAUUUUUUAUUCCAUGAACACAUUCUUUUGUUUCUGAUGCUGGAAAUUUUCCAUGCUUUUGACCUAAGCCUGCAGCCCUUGACAUGUGCUAAACUUUCUUCGCACAAAUUAUUCCAGUGGGAUAACUCAUGUCAGGUAAAUGUGUUUUACUGUUUACUCUAGGGCCAGCACAAUUGUGUGACUGGAAGAAAAACAUUAAAAAUAGACAUUUGAAUCUUGACAUUGAUUUGGUGACAUUUUCAUGUAAAAUGGCUUAUGAAUGUAUUUGCUUUUACAAAAAUUUUCAUAUAUGCUAAUUAAACCUCAUUUUCCUUAGGAUGCAUAGGUCUGGCUGAAUGUUUUAAAUGAUUAAUUCAUUUGUUAGUAUCUAUUUUUAAAUAUGCAGUAGUUAAUAUUUUCACCCAGCAUCAGGAACAUUUCUGCCAUUCUCCCUGCAUGAGUUGACUAAGACAUGGACUGAUGAUGCUACCUAUUGCUGGGAUCAUCUGAAUGAGAAUUGUAAUUGGUAAUGGCUCUGGUAUUAAAACAAACAGGAAAACAAUGUAGGUAUAAAAAAAUAUGUAAUACAUGGUGUUAAUGAUUCUGCAGCUAAUGAUUCUUUUGUACAUUUGUGGACUUGGUACACUGAGCAUAAAUAACAGACAAAUUAAAUAGCUACAGGGAUACUACAUUUUGUAUUUUCCUGGUUAUAACUCCAUUCAGUUAUUGCAACUUAAAAGUUGGCCUUGUUAUUUGCACUUAAUGUAGUACUGUGAAAAUAACUGGGGACAUGGUGGCCUGUAUAGUAUAGACUGAAGAGAAGUGAGUGGCAUUAUGUAUGAAAUCAGUAAUGCAUGACAGAGGCAAACACUCUCUAAAACACAGAAAGCUAGUCUGCAAUGUGAAUCUUAAGAAAUUUCUAAAACAGAACGGGAAAAGUGUGGUUGUCAACGCAUUAGCAUUUACAUUUCUAUAAAUUAAAUAAAUAAAAUCUUUUAGAAGUCAUGUUAGGGAUGAAGAAUAAUAUUUGCCAAAGGCUUAUUCAGAAUAUUACCUGCACUUUGUUGUCGGGAGUCAUGAAAAAAUUAAUGAAAUCAUUUUUCUAAUGGAACAGGUUGAGGCAAGUGCAAUGAUAAAGAAAUCCCUUUAUCUUCUGUAUUAUCCACUACCUACUCAUAAAGUGUGCUCAAACUUACUACCUAGGACAAAGCUGAGACUGUAAGUACUCCAAGCAACCCCUGUAUGCAUCCAUUGAAAAGAGUGAUAUUUGGUUUUAUCGAAAUAUGUGUUAAAUUGUGCUCUCCAGAAUCAGACCUGUUGCUCCCUUAGAAAGUCUGGAGAAUUUAAUUCAAUCUCCAGCUUUGUUAAAUUCUGGUCAAAUACUUGGCCUAAUUGUUUACAGCUGAUCAGAGAAGCCAACCUUUUGACACAGAGGAAUAUAAACAGCUUCAGGGGUAUCAAAGCAUGCGGCAUAGAGAGCAGAACCUGAUCCUUCGUAACUGAAAAGUGGUGAAUGAAGACACUUCUUGGAAGAAGCCAUUCAAAGCUAUUCAUAUGGCAUGUAUGAAACAAAAUCAGGGCAAAUUAAUAUGUAUAUGCAUUUAGAGAGCAAAGUAGUUCAGGGGAAUGAUAAUGGGCUUCAAGACUUCACUUUAUUAUCACCAUUACCAACUGAAAUCUUUUGCACAAGGGCUGUGUUAUAGAUCAGCUAGAUCAGUAAGCAUUGAGUAGAGGAGUCUGGUCAAUAUGGUUAUGAAGUUAAUAGAAGCUGGAAGUUAAGAUUCUGUGCCUUUGGAGUCUGCAGCUUACUGCACAGCAGUAGGAUUUAGGCCACUAAGUCAUUUUUGAAAAUGGGACUUUAAUUCCAAAGUUGGUUUGGCCCUUCUGAAAUUUUUGCCCAAGUUCUUAAAACAUUCUCUCUCUGAAUCUGUAAGAUAUUGUCUAAUUUGGAGACUGACAGAUCCUUAUUGCAAAAAUCACUAUAGGUACCACUGCUAGAAAACAGACCAAGAACUCCAUGAACAUGUAAAUAUACUAUCUAUAUUCAACAUUUCAUAAAAAGUUUUUGAGCUAUCUGUUCUACUACUUUAUCCAAGCAGCAGGAAGGAACUGUUGUCUGUACCAUUGUAUUUAGUGCAUAAAGUCAGAACAGGGCACGUCACAAGCACAGAACUCCUUUCAGGAAGUACUAGAGAAAAUGUAUGUAAUGUACAUCUUUAUUUGUCUUCUAUUCAUGGUGCAGCAGUGAUAAAUUUAGAUUCAUCCCACUUCAAGUGGCUGAGAAAUCAUGUCCUAAUGAAGCGUUCUACUGUAAUACCCUGCUCUAUGCACUUGUUACACAAGGUAGUGCAAAUUAGCAUAACUUCAUUAAUUUAAAUCUGUUAAUAUGGGUUGAAAUCCUAACAUAAAUUACAGGUGAAAACCAAUUUCAAGAUCAUCACAUACUAUCCAAACUGACCUUUUACGCUCAUCAUUCAGCUGGGGACAUUAAGCACACUUCAGAUUUUUCUCUCUAGCAUUGCCCAGGGGCAUACCCAGAAAUGUCUUCUACCAGCUGAAAUUUUCAUACAGUCUAUCAAAGCUAUUCAUAAAAUCACACAUGACAUCCAAACAUUCAAGCAGGUUUUUCCCUACUGAUUGUCUCAAGUAGGAGCCAGGUUUUCUGUGUCACAGCUAGCCAUUUCUCUAGAAACCACCACUGGAUGCUUACAGGCAGAAUUUGAGACCUCAUAUCAAGUCUCUUCCCUGCUUUUUAAGUCUUUAGUAAACUACUUCUAAGUAACUCACUUCCCAAUCUGCAGAACUGGAGCAGUAACACUUUGCAGGACAUUGCAACAGUAUUUUCAAGCUUUUAAGGCAUUCAGAUACAAUAGUGAGGGAGGAGGGUCAUGUAAGGUCUAUAAAGGGCUAUGGAAGAAAAUGCUAUUGACAGUAUUUUAUUUCUCCCUUUGUAAUAGACAUGAUUUAGUUCAACACAAAAUAACUGCAUAUGUUCCUUUUAGUUUAUGUUUAUGUACCUAUUUCAAAAUUCAGUGUAUUAAUAUGCCUAUAUAGUACUGUAAUACAUAAAAUCAACAUGCGUGCAAAUUUUAGGCACUUAUUUGUAUACCAUUGAUUACUUUUAUAAAACUGUGCAUUAUUAAAUGCUUCAGUGUAUGCUGUAGCUGCCAUUGUGUCAUAUACAUCCAGGGUAUAAGAGUAAAGAGGCACAGUAGACUCUAGAAGAGCUGCUGCCAUGAACCAUAAAAAUGGCUUCAGUCAAGGGAAACCAUUCUCCCCAUGCUGGUGCAGAGCCUGGAGUCUCCAAAGGAGAGAAGACAAAGAUGUGAAAAGCAAAAUGGACACUUUCAUAGGGAGAUGUAAUGAAAGCACAUUUUUCCUGACAGAUUUUUUAACUGACAGACUGCAUAUUCUAGCAUUCAGAGGAGAUUUUGUGAGAAGGAAGAGAAAGCUGAGCUAGUUGUGGUAUGCUCUGGAGGGAGACCUAUGAUCCCUGAAAACACUGAUCAAAGACCAGGAAAAGCUCAAGAAUGGUGAGGGCAUAGAGUAGAGGAAAGGAAUACAGGCAUAUUUUUGAGUAAGAAUCCAUCACUCUCGUGUAAGUGGUUUUGCAAUGCCUCUACGAAGGCUGCAAAGUACUUCCUUCAGUUGUUGUAUGUCCCUGAUGUAUUUAAGUCAGAGAAAAUUGAAACUGGAGAGAUACUCAUAAAUUGUUGAAGGGACUUGAGGAAUUUUAUGCCAAGUUUACCUGGGGUAGCCAGAUCCCAGAAUACUAUUCCCUAGAAGUGGUACGAACAAUCAGUGCCCAGAAAGCUAGAGCCAGGGCUGUGCUGGCUAUAGUUUAACGUAAAUUCCUGUUGACAGCAGCAUUUACGGUAAGCAGUCCCUCCCUUUGGCCACCCUUCUCUGUUCUCUCAGUUCUGCAAGUGUUUAAAGCUACAAAGUUAAUCAGACCAGGCAAUUGGAUCCAGUUGAAAAGUACUGCAGGGGAAAGAAUGAUUUCAGCCAGAUCCAUACACUGGUCUCAUUCACCUGACAGCCACGCACAUAUGCCAGCAGGAAGGACAGGAAGAGGAAUGGCGUAAAGGGGCAGCUUAACUUAAACCAGCUUAAACUGCACAGUUGCAAGUGCUUCUAAAAUUCAAAACUUAAGUUAUUUCAUCCUAUUUCAGUAGCAAGAAUAUUUCAUUGCUUCACUUAUUUGUCAUGUUCUUAGUUUUCCAUGAAUCACUAGGCAAAAAUGUGUUCUAGAAAUUGUCACCAAAAACAUACAAAACUGACUGACCUCUACAUGACUGUGGACUGCGUGGCUUCAUUUGCAGAGAUGAUGAUCUCACGUCUUCCCUUCUUUUCUGCUACAUCCAUGGUUUCUGGUACUGUCCCUUGAUAACAUGAAAUGUUAUGUUAACCAUUUUUGAAAUUCAGACUAAUUUCUGUUAAGCUGAUUUUGUUAAAAUGGCAUUAAGAGAAUCAUUUAAAAGAACAAAACAAAACAAAAAGACAGAUUUUUUAAAACAUGCGGAAUCCACCCCUGGAGAAUAUAGUCUGCUGUAGUCACUGUAAGUGUCUGGCAAAGGCUGAUCAUUGCCACUGAUUUUUUUCAGUAGUGGCAGGAUUUCUUCAUCCCAUCAGCAUGCUCUGUUGCCAAUGGCAAAAUAAUUUCUUUUGGUGAGACCUUGGACUCUUUAAAAAAAUCUUAUUGAAUUCAGUUGCAUCAGAGUUCAACUUCUGCACCAUAGUUUGAACUUUUCCGUAGAUUGAAUGUCACAUUUGAAUGGGGGUAAUGAGGCUAAUUUAUUACGUAUGCAUAGUAAGUUUUCAGAGAUUUUCAAAUGAAAAUAUAUAAAACCAGUCAGUGAACAAAACUCUAUAAAUUUAUAAAAAAGACCUCAGCUACUUCCAAUAAAGA